UAAAAUGAAAAAACGAAACCGCCACGCCACCACCACGGUGCAAGUUGAAGACGAACCACAAUCUGGGAAAAGGCAAGACAAAAAAAGUGCGCAGGGUUAAGGUUGUGGUUUAUAGUUUAGUUUAUCUAUGGCUAGCGGCACCACAAGAAUGCUAGUGAAGGAGAUGUUGCAACUCUCUUCUUCCACACUUCACUUCUCUUCUUCUGCGCUUCGCGGCCUCUCUCCUCCUCUGCCCUUCUCAAUUCAAUUGCGACGCUCGCGAGGGCGCCCUGCAAUUCGAUGUGCUUCCUCUUCCUCAGACUCAGAUGCUUCCAACAAAGUCUCGUCUCGUCUGUCGCAGGUUCAGCAUCUUCUUCAGCAGGCCGAACACCGCGCUCUCUCCGCCGACCAGGGCCCACCUCCUAAAAUCACCUUAGAUCAUGUUACGGUGAGCUUUGCCAGAAGUGGAGGACCCGGGGGUCAGAAUGUCAAUAAAGUGAACACCAAGGUGGACAUGCGCUUCAAUGUUAAAAAUGCAUAUUGGUUGAGUGACAGGAUCAGAGACAAGAUUUUGCAAACGGAGAAAAACCGAAUUAACAAGGAUGGGGAGCUUGUGAUUUCUUCAACCAAGACUAGAACGCAGAAGGGUAACAUUGAGGAUGCUUUGGCAAAGCUUCAGGAAAUCAUUGAUGCGGCAUCUUAUGUUCCGCCGCCUCCCUCAGAAGAGCAAAAGAAGAAAAUUGCGAAGAUGGCUGCCAUAGGAGAACAGAAACGCCUCAAAAGCAAGAAGGUGCUUUCAGAUAAGAAGGCGUUUAGGAGAAGUAAAAAUAGCUGGGACUAAUAUGGUGUUGUCCAGAAUCUUGAAACUGUUUUAUCAUUUUUGACGCAGAAGCACAGUCCUCUUAUACUACCAUAUUGGAUACACACACAUUAGAUGAAUGGUUGAAUAUAACCGUGAAUUCAAGUAGCAUAGCCCAACAAGCAAUCAUCCCGCUGGAAGGACCUCAAUGGUGGUUUGUGACAACCUAUUGUUAGUUAGCCAAUUGUGAUGUAGCUAGGAUCUAAACGAAUACAAUAUUUUCAAAUAGAAAUAUCGUAUAUUGGUUGAAUCUGUAUUGUUUUCUGUGUCAGCCUUUUGCCCUUUUAAUGCGCCUUUGGCACGUGUCCAGAUUGAUGGAUCUAUACAAACAUUGAAAGUCAACAACCUUGGGAACGUGCUUCACGUAAAAACACGUCAAUACAUAAUGCCGCUGUAAUUGCGACCAAUUUUGUCAUUUAGAUAGCUGGGAAGGUUGGUUCCUUAGUAGGUUCGUAUAUUGUUACAUUUCCGUGAUAGACUUUUUAUUUUAUCCUAGUAGGUAGAAGAACGGUUCCACUUGUAUUACACGCAAUUUGCUAAAAAUUGAAAAUGGGAUGCAUUGCUCUUAAACAAA